GCGAGCUCCGCCCCGGCUGGCGUCUGCGCCGUCCCCGUGCCUCCCCGGCCCGAGUCCCCCCCGCCCCAUGGAGCAGCUGCUGCGAGCCGAGCUGCGCACCGCGACCCUGCGGGCCUUCGGGAGCCCCGGGGCCGGCUGCAUCAGUGAGGGACGAGCCUACGACACGGAUGCGGGCCCCGUUUUCGUCAAGGUCAACCACCGGACGCAGGCCCGGCAGAUGUUCCAGGGAGAGAUGGCCAGCCUGGAGGCCCUCCAGGCCACAGGCCUGGUUCGGGUACCACGGCCAAUCAAGGUGAUUGACCUGCCGGGAGGAGGGGCUGCCUUUGUGAUGGAGCAUCUGAAGAUGAGGAGCUUGAGCAGGUGAGUGUGCAUGUGUGGAGAGGGAGUGAGGGAGAGGGAGGGGGAGGACAGAGGGAUGGGGAGGGAGAGGGGGAGGAGAGAGGGCAAGGGAGGGAGAGGGGGGAAGGGAGAGAAAGAGAGGCCCCUUGUCGCCCAGGUGAAUGAGUGGCAGGAUGACUGGUCGACCUUCUUUGCCCGGUACCGUCUCCAAGCACAGCUGGACCUCAUUGAAAAGGACUAUGCUGACCGAGAGGCACGAGAACUGUGGUCACAACUACAGGUGAAGAUCCCGGAUCUGUUUUGUGGUCUAGAGAUCGUCCCUGCCCUUCUUCAUGGGGAUCUCUGGUCAGGAAACGUGGCUGAGGAUGACUCAGGGCCUAUUGUUUAUGACCCAGCUUCCUUCUAUGGACAUUCUGAAUUUGAACUGGCAAUUGCUUUGAUGUUCGGGGGGUUUCCCAGAUCUUUCUUCACUGCCUACCACCGGAAGAUUCCCAAGGCUCCGGGGUUUGACAGGCGGCUCCUGCUCUAUCAGCUCUUUAACUACCUGAACCACUGGAACCACUUUGGGCGGCAGUACAGGAGCCCGUCCCUGGGCACCAUGAGGAAGCUUCUCAAGUAGCAGCCAGCCUGCAUCCCCUGCCUCCCUGCUUAGUAACUCUGGGUAGCAACACCAGAGGUGGUUUCCGGGACUAAUAAAGUCCGGCUGGGCUUCAGGGAUGGAA